CAAAAUGGAGGGGAGGGAGGGGGGAGGGGCACAAAAAUGACCUGAAGUUGACUUUCGAUUGCACCUAUAGUAGGUGCCAAAAGUACGUCUUCAUCAUUUAGUGCACGGCUUCCACUCACCAAAUAGAAAGCGGUGAGGGAGAGCAAGAGUGGAGAGGUAGAAAGUAGGACGCCGUUUUCAGGUCCCCCCCUUUUUUUUUUCCUUGUACGAAGCGACAGGCACAAGGCAGAGGGCGAGAAAGACGUAGGCCAGUCAAGGAACGGGACCGGAGGACGACAAGCGAGAAGAACCACCGGAGCCAAACGGCGACUUGUACGUUCAGUAUGUUCGAGGAGCAGGCCACCAAGGUGAAGAUCACGUCGGUGGUGAUCGUGGUGGGCAUGUCGGCCAUGCUUGCCGCCGUGGUGACGGAUCACUGGGCUGUCCUCAGCCCCCGCGUGGACAAGCUCAACGCCACCUGCCAGGCCGCUCAUUUCGGUCUCUGGAGGCUAUGCAAGAAAAACAUCUUCAUGGUGGAGGAGGACCCACAGGGCAAAGGCUGCGGCCCCAUCGGCUUACCCGGAGCCAAGAACUGCUCCUACUUCAAACACUUCACAUCAGGAGAAGAAGCGGAGGUUUUUGAAGUCAAGACCCAGAAGGAGUACAACAUCUCAGCAGCGGCCAUCGCCAUUUUCAGCCUCUUCUUCAUGAUCCUGGGAACCUUGUGCGUCAUCUUCUCCUUCGGGAAGGGCCGCGACUAUCUGCUGAGGCCUGCUGGCAUGUUCUUCGCCUUCGCAGGCCUGUGCAUCAUCAUCUCGGUGGAAGUCAUGCGUCAGUCGGUCAGGAGGAUGAUCGACAGCGACGAGACCAUCUGGAUCGAGUACUACUACUCGUGGUCCUUCACGUGCGCCUGCGCUUCCUUCACCCUCCUCAUCCUGAGCGGCGUGGCCCUCCUCCUCAUCUCCAUGCCCCACAUGCCCAGAAACCCCUGGGAGACCUGCAUGGACGCCGAGCCAGACACCUUAGAUUAGCUUCACACCUGCUCACACUUCGAGAAACUGCUUGUAUAUAAACAGAAUUUGAAAACGUGCGGUUAUCGUAUGCGCAAUAGUAGAAAUAGUAGAAAAUAAGAGCAAUAAUUUUAUAAUACGCGAAAGGAAAAGUGUAAUUUGAUGAGAAACUAGUUGUCAUGUUAGGGAACGAAAUCAUCAUUUUAGAAUCACUAGAAUAAAGUGGCAAUGUGAGGAGAAAAUAACGAACGUUGUUUCGAGAUUCAAGUCAGAGUACAAGGAAAAAAAGCAAGAAUAAAAAAAAUUGCGAAAAAGUGAGGAUGAAAUCCUAAUCGUAGGAGCUGCUGCCUGCCACCGCUCAUGUCCAGACACUCACGCUGUCAGACCCCGCCUCUUCAAGGCACACGCAGACAUUACAAUAUGUACAGUAUUUUCUAUGCAUUUUAAUCGGGGUUUUUUUGUGUCUUGUAAUACGUUUUAAAUGUUUUCAUAUGUGUAAAAAUAUUUAAAGCGUGUGGGAGGGGCAUUUAUGUCUUUUAGGUGCUCUCUUGAUAACGGAGAACCACCACCACCGGGAAAUGGGGCUGGAAUGUAUCGAGCAAUAGUUUCCGUCGCUAUAGCUAAAAAAAAAAACUU